AUGAGGAAGUGCAAAGUCUUUGUUGGAAACUCACAUCCCGAGUUGGGGAAGCUUGUGUGUGAUAGGCUGGGAAUUGAACCAGCUCCCAGCACGUUGAAGAAGUUCGCCAAUGGUGAGACCUCGGUACAGAUUGGUGUAUCUGUUAGAGACGAGGACGUCUACAUCAUCCAAAGUGGGUCUCCUCAGACGAAUGACCAUAUCAUGGAGCUCUUGAUUUUGAUUUCUGCGUGUAAGGGUGGUUCCGCUGCCAAGAUUACUGCUGUUAUUCCCCAGUUCCCAUACUCCAAGCAGUCCAAGAUGAAGAAGCACAGAGGAGCUAUCACGGCUAGAAUGUUGGCGAAUUUGCUUGUCAUGGCUGGUGCGGACCAUGUGGUUUCUAUGGAUUUGCAUGCUUCGCAGAUGCAGGGUUUUUUCACCAAGCCAGUGGACAAUCUCUACGGAGGCCCCACGUUGGCCAAUUGGAUCAAGCAUUAUGUUCCAGACUACUCGGAGGCCGUGGUGGUUUCAAAGAACCCCGGUGGAACCAAGAGGGUGACUUCUUUGGCUGACUCGCUCAAGAUCAACUUUGCCAUGUUUCACACCGACAGGAGGAGAAAUAAGGACGCCUACAAGAUCAAGGGAAAGAAGAAGACCUUGACUACCACCAAGAAAAACGAGGACGGUGAGGAAGAGGAGGAUAUCAUAGUAAGCAAUGGAAUGCAGACAGCGAGAAUUGUCAAAGGUCACGUUGUCGAUGAUGCGUAUCCUGAACAAAAGCCCAAGACCCUGGCCAAUGGCGACGAGCCAGUAGACAGGUACGCGUUGGGUGGCUCCUACGAUGCAGACAACUCAGACGAUGAAGACGAACCUCAGUAUAAUGCAGAGGAAAAGCUGAUCACACUCGUUGGUAAUGUGCAGAAUAGACCUGCCAUAAUCGUUGAUGACAUGAUCGACAAACAUGCUUCUUUCAUUGCUGCUGCCGAACAUCUGAGACUCAACUGUGGUGCUAAAGAGUGCUACAUUGUUGCGACUCAUGGUAUAUUCAGCGAUAACUGUCUGGAGACUUUGAAUGACUGCAAGUACAUUGACAAAAUCAUCGUCACCAACACCUACCCCAUAGACGAGGCCAGGCGUGCGAGGUGCGAGAAGCUGGUGAUCAUCGACGUUUCUCCUAUCUUUGCUGAGUGCAUUAGAAGAGACCAUUUCGGCGAGAGUAUAUCGGUUCUGUUUGACUCUCUCUCCGUCAUCGCAUAG